GAACACUGCACCCCAAAAGACCUUGUCGACUUGCAGAACGAACAGAGAGCUGGAACAUCAGAGUCGUGAAACUUGGGUGGAAAAGCGGCAUCCGUCUAAGACCACAAUAACAUUCCAGCCAAAUGAGCGCCCGCACCUUCUUUGGAUGAACGAGGCAGUGCGCCUUUCUCCUUAAGACCAGAGUUUGGUCAACUACUCGGAAUCUCCACGCAAUUACGCCCACGUCGAUCGGGUGUUUGCAUCGUUGCAGCAAACUGUAUUGCUCUCCCGUGCUUGAAGCAAAAGUCAAGGCUGCAGCCGAGAAACGACACGACCGCGAUCAUGAGCAACGACAACUCCAGUUCGUUUGCGAACAGCAACUCCUCAAUACCAGUAGUCCAGAUUCAUCCCGCAGAUACUCCAGGAUCACGGAUGCCAAAUCCAGAACAUGGCUCACAUCGACUUUCCGCUAGCAAGCUCAAAGACAAGCUUGAAUCGCUGGGGGACAGCAUGAAUCGUGAAUCAACGAGUAGGAUGGGCGACAGAAUGAUUAAUCUUUUGCUCGCACAAGUUCUGCCUAAUGAGGACCUGUCUGCGACCUCCCCUCCAGAUGGCAACUUCGACACGAGCCCUCAGGUCAAAGACCGUCGAUCACACACCUACGUCGAGCGCCCAAACUUCAGCAUCCCAACAAUGUCCUCCAACUUCCGGCGCUUCAAUUCUCGUAUUGGCGUAGCAUUUGUCUUCCAAAAUCGGCUCAUCCGUCUGUUUACCUGGAGACAGCCAACCCAGACACUGUCGUUCUUACUCAUGUACACAUUCAUAUGCAUCGACCCUUAUCUACUGCCCGUCCUACCUCUGGCAAGCUGCCUAUUCUUCAUCAUGGUACCUGCUUACCUGGCCCGGCAUCCACCACCACCGACAUCCUUCCCAACGGACCUCUACCCUCUCGGCGGGCCUCCGCUCGCAGACGCACCCACCAUAAAGCCGGCACCAGAGUUCAGCAAAGAUUUCUUCCGCAACAUGCGCGAUCUACAGAACUGCAUGGAAGACUUCUCGCGCGGCCACGACGCCGUCCUACAAUUCCUCACACCACUCACAAACUUCUCAAACGAGAACCUCAGCUCGCUACUCUACAUCGCGCUCCUCCUGAUAUCCUGCGCACUGUUCCUGAUAUCGCACCUCCUACCCUGGCGCUUCAUCUUCCUAGUCCUCGGCUACGGCGGCGUCGCCAUGGGCCACCCCGCCGUGCAAGACCUGCUCGCCACGCCCGAAAACGAACAACUGAUCGCCGAGGCCGAGAAUGAAGGCCGCUCGUUCCUCCUCUCAGCAAGCAAGAAAGACAUCGAGCUGCAAACCAGCCAAGAAGCGCGCGAAGUCGAGAUCUUCGAACUCCAGCACCGCGCCCUGCACGAUAAAGCAGGCGAAUACGAACCCUUCAUCUUCUCACACUCACCGUACUCGCCGCUCUCACCAGCCAGGAUCAGCGGAGAUAGACCGAGGGGAUGCGCUUUCUUCGAGGAUGUCCUACCACCACGCGGCUGGCGCUGGAGCGACAAGAAAUGGACACUCGACCUCUUGAGCCGCGAGUGGGUCGAAGACCGUUGUGUAACGGGCGUAGAAGUCGAAAUUGAGGGCGAGCGGUGGGUCACGGACCUACACUACGAGGUCUUGGAGGAAGGAGAGAAGUCGAAAGGGCACGAGAUGAAGAAGGGCAAGACUAGUGGUAUGAUUCUCGCUUAGGGUACCUAAGUAAACGUGCGAGAGGCCCCGCGUUCGAGUCGCGGCAAGACCCCUUUUUUGCUCUUGCGAAGGUCAUGGCAUCGACGGGACAGAUGCGCCUUUGUGUGGGAUAUGGCUUUCUUUUUGAACUUCCUGGAUCAUUCUAGGACGUCGCAAUUGUUUGCUGGUUGGGCUGGCUUGUAAGGUGUGGGUUUUUGCUGCGGGUUGUCCGUUGAAUAUGCUCUAAGAGAUUUGUGCGCAAGUACAACAUGCUCAGACCGUUUCGAAUGGUGUCAAAAUCCCUGGAGAGACUCGAGCCCAGCCUCUGCAAUGUGUCUGCAAUGGCGGUCCGAGACGUUAUUGAUGUUGUGCGAGUUUUUCAAAGAUUUUGGUCUUGUUGUUUGGGACACGAAAUGUUCGAGUACGAGUGUACACGCAACACAACAUAAGACUGCUGAGAGCGAUAGCUCAUGGAGCCCGGUGCACACGGCAUCAUGCACUCUUUUCAAAUCGAU